AUGGAUCACCAAUUUGAUUUAUAUAGUGUUGAGGAAGAAGGGGAUGAACACCAAGAUCCAACUUACAUUGAGACAGAUUCCGACGAGAAACCUUUCAAACUUCCAACCAAAAAAAAGUCGGGUAGUGAUGAGUUAUUUAUUGAAGAAAAUUUAAAUGAUGAUGAUUCUAUGCCAAAUAUCAUCAUAAAAGAUAUCACAUCCAAAUUUCAUGAAGUUGUCCCUGACACUUAUGAGAAAAUAAAAAGAUCAUCUAAAUAUAAAUUACCUUCAGACGAUGAAAUAAUGGGCAGGAUACAAUUAAGGCAUUUGCUGUUUAGAUAUGUUUGGCAAAGUAAUUUUUCCUCGCCAAUUGAUGAAAAAUUAAGGAAUGGUGCCAAAGUACUUGAUAUUGGUGGAUCUUGGGUGUUAGACAUGGCAUCAAAUUAUCCAAAUAGCGAAUUCAUUGGCAUCGAUAUGGCUCCAAUGUUUCCAAAUAGUUCUCCAUCAAACGUGGAAUUUUCAGUGAUAGACAUUAAUAAAGGAUUGCCAUAUGAAGACAGCACUUUUGAUUUUGUACAUUUAAGAUUUCUAGUACAAUAUUUAACUGAAAACGAAUGGCAAGAUAAAGUAAUCAAAGAAUUAUUAAGGGUCACAAAAAAAGAUUGUUGGAUUGAAAUCAUGGAAUUGGAUUUAAUAUUUAAUAAUGCUGGUAUUCAAACUAACAAAUUACAAGAUGCAACAAUUUCAUAUUUUAAUUCUCAAAAUAUCAAUUCAGUAAUUUCACAUCAAUUAUCAACUUUCUUAAACUCAACUUCUGCAUUCAAUGUAAUCAACUAUGAAGAACGUUAUACUCCUUUAGGCAAAUGGGGUGGUAGAUUAGGUAGAUUUUCAUUGGUAUAUUUCUAUCUUGCCUAUCAAAAUAUGAAAAAGGUUUUACCACAACAUAUGAAAAUAUCAGAUAUUGAAUAUGAUCAUUUAGUUGAAGGGUUCCAUAGUGAAUGCGAGCAAAACAAAAUUCAUAUUAAAACCUUUAGAUAUUGGGGGCAAAAAAAAUAG